UCCAGCAGGGAAUCCAGAGGAAAAAGCUGCAGGAGAAUCUUCCUGAAGCUUCCUGGUCUACCUCUGCUCCAAACAAGGAUCUGGUCACUCAGUCAAAAGAAAAUGGAGGUGAAGAAAAGUGUCAGAUUUCGGGAGGAUGUGAAUGUGGAUAAAGGUUCUACAAGCCAGAUGACGGAUACAAAAGAUACUAGCGAUAUAAAUGAACUAGCUCUAGCUUUGGCUAAGCAUGCCAUCGAUGCUGCUAUUAAGUCCGUGGAAGAAGCUGAACACCCUGUCAAAAACAUCAACUGGAUCACACAUGGUGAAUUCACAGCAGAAAGGGGCUGUAAACAAAUUGAGGAGUUUGUUUCGAAAUGGGAGUAUCAAGGCCGCUGGGUGCACUACACCGAGUUUUUAAGGAGGGAAGACGUGAUUCAUAGCUUCUAUUACAUCUAUUGUGUACACUGGAGCAUCCCCACUGCUCGGAUACCCAUAGCACAAAUCUCUGCCGGUGUCUACUUCACCAUCAAGAUCAACAAAAACAAGCCUCCGGAUGCACCCAUUGAUGUCUCUUAUGUCUUUGAGAGCCAAAGAUUAGUUCACAGACCCGGAAUGACUCGCUUUCGAGAAAAAUGGCUGAGGGACAUAAUUGAGGCCAAACAUAUUUUAAUCGAUCCAAAUAUCUUCCAAUUCAACAGUAUUGGAAUCUUCCAGAAUAUUUUAGGUUUUUAAUCAGAGUAUAUUAAAAAUACAAUACUGCACA